UUUCGUAAUAACGAGCUACUUCUCAACAUUCGGACCACUAUAUAAACUCUAAGUCUGCUACAGCCAGCAUCAGUCAUUCAUCAGACAUUAGCAGAGCAAUGGCAUUCAAACUUAUCCUUUUCACCACAUUGGUGGCAGUAGCAAGAGCAGGAUUCGCUCCACUUGCUUACCACGCACAACCCGCUGCGCUGGCCUAUCAUGCGCAACCAGCUGCAGUAGCUUACCACACACAGCCCGCUACAGUAUCUUACCACGCUCAACCCGCUGCAGUGGCCUACCAUGCACAACCCGCUACAGUAGCUUACCAUGCUCAACCUGCUGCGGUAGCUUACCACGCACAGCCCGCUGCAGUCGCUUACCACGCCCAACCCGCAGUAGCCUACCACGCUCAACCGGCUGCAGUAGCUUACCACGCACAGCCAGCUUUAGUCGCCCACAAAACAAUUAACGCUGAAGAUGACCCUCAUCCUCAAUACAGCUUCAACUACGACGUACAGGACUCUGUAACUGGUGACUCAAAAUCACAGCAUGAAACCCGUGACGGCGAUGUAGUGCAUGGAAGUUACAGUCUUUUGGAAUCCGACGGAACCCGCAGAACUGUCGAUUACACCGCUGAUGACGUAAACGGAUUCAACGCUGUUGUCCACAAAGAACCCGCUCAAGUUGCCGUCAAAGCAGUCCAUGCCGCUCCAGCUGUUCAUGUUGCCCACGCCGCGCCCAUCUACGAACAGCCGCAAUAUUACCACUCAGCUCCGGCUUACUACCACCAUUAAAUGUGAUUUAUAGCUAAUAUUUUGCAACGCCCAAUUUAGAUGUUAAAAAUUGUAAUAAC